UGUUUCACUUACUCUUUCAGGUAAACAACUUGGUUCGGGAGCGUUUGGUGUAGUAAUGAAAGGAGAAGCUAAACACAUAAUCGAGGGCGAACCUGUUACCGUUGUAGCGGUUAAGAUGGUUAAAAAAAAUGCUGAUCGUACUCAUAUCAAGGCUCUAGCCUCCGAACUCAAAAUAAUGGUGCAUUUAGGAAAACAUUUGAAUGUUGUUAAUCUUCUUGGUGCUUGUACGAAGAAUGUGAUAAAAGAGGAAUUACUGGUUAUUGUUGAAUACUGCCGAUACGGGAAUUUACUCAAUUAUCUUUUGAGACAUCGGAGUCAUUUCGUGAAUCAAGUAGAUCCUUUAACCAAGAAAGUUAAUUAUAAUAUUGGACAAGAAAUACUGGACCGGACAUAUUCAGUCUCAAGUAGCAAAAG